AUGGCCGAAUUAACCCCCAAUGAAGAAUCAACCUCCAGUGAAGAGGCGUAUAAAGUCUUUGUGAACCUAUUGGGCAAAGCCUUUUAUGAGGACGUAGGUGUUGAUGGCAGAGUUGACCCGAGGGAGCCAGUAAAAUUAAAGAAAGUUCUUGACCACUUUGGAGAAAAUCCGCAAUGGAUGUCUAUGACUGAAAUAUCAAGAAGUGUAAAAAUUUCAAGGACUUAUCUUCGUAGGGCGCUCCGCUACCUUGAAGAGGAAAAGUUAGUGCAAUGUGGCCAAUAUCGUCGUUAUUCUUUGAACUAUGCUGGAAUAUGCGAAGCAGUCAAUUACAAAAUAUUACAGAAGCAAGAAACUUUUGAAAAUAAGCGCAGCGGCAUUGCAGAAUAUAUAUGCCUGAGGUGUGACAGAAAAUACAAUGCUUUGGAUGCUGCAUCACUGAUCUCCGAGGAUGGUAACACUUUUGUAUGUGAAAACUGUGAAGAAGAAGUUAUUACUGAGAAGGAAUCACAAAAAAAAAUGGAGGCACAACUGAAGCUGUUGCAGGAUCAACUUGAAAUUGUCAAAGAUAUACCGAUUCCUGUACGUUUUGUGAAUGGUACACAACUAUCAUGGAAGACAGAACCAGAAAGAGGAGAAGGAAUACCUAGAAGUGGGUUUGGGGCUCAAUUAGGCCAUACCUAG